AUGACCUCUAGCAGCACCACGACCCAGUUGGGCCGUCUUCUCUGGGGCUCCAUCCGGAAUUCUGUCGCCGUUCUCUCCACGAAAUUACCCGGCCGCCAACAGCUUCCAGGCCGCCCAAUUUCCGGGCCAUCGCUAUUUAGUUCGCCAGCAGAGGUAUCUUCGUCUUCCCGGUUCUUUUACCCUGCCAGGUCAUUCUCCUUCCGGCCAUAUGUGCCCCGCAUCACCUCGGGCAAUGUCCGGAAGAGCUGCUCUUCGGGAGGCAUUCUCCUCCUCGGGUUGAGCUCCGGCCCUUCUUCGACAACGGCAGUGGUGACGACAUGUACCGUAGCCGCAGAUUCAGCGUUGGCAGGGCCUUCUGGGCAGAGAGCCUCAAUAAGUCAUCUCGCUCGUCACACAUGGCAACUAAGCGUUCAGGCUUGCGGCUGCCGGGGAUAUGCGCCGGGGCUGACGGCGAAGAGAGCGAGUAGUUCGAGCACGAAAGCGACUGGUGAUAAGAGUGAAGACCCAAACCCGCUUACACAGCAAGUCGAGUCGAGCUCUGAAGGCCCAAGCCCAACCAAGACUCCCGGUUCCAAUACUCCCGGGGGCGAGUCUCUUGCCGAUUCCAUGUCUAAAUACCUACACCUUCCCAAGAUCCCUAACAGGCCAACCAAAGAAGAGCUGCUUGCUACAGCUCAAGGAUUUCGUCAACGAUUAAAAGUCCGAUUUAAGUGGUUUUCUAUCCGGAGCAUGCGCCCAUGGAAUGCGGACGAGUGGGGAGCUUUUGUCUCGUGGUUCCUAUUCGGACAUCUCGUGUGGAUCCUGGUCGGGACCACCACCUUUUUCUCUCUGAUCAUCCUCUUCAUCAAUACCGUGUUUGCACAGGAAACCCUUGCCAAAUGGAUUGGUGAUUAUCUCACACAGUCGGCCGGUUUGACCGUUGUCUUUGAGUCUGCAAUUGUCCCAAAAUGGAGGGAUGGUGUCAUUACUUUCCGCAACGUCUUUGUUUCCCGCAGGCCCGGUCAGACCAAGUCGUCUGUCACGAAGGGUUCCUCUAAUGCAGCUGCAGAAGCCGCCGCAGCUGCCCGACAAGCCGAGCAGGAGGCCGAGGAUGAGGACGAUGGCAACUACACACAGUUCGACUUGACUAUUGACACGGUCAACGUUACCCUGUCAUUCCUCAAGUGGUGGAAUGGUAAGGGCCUAUUAAAAGACGUUGAAGUUAAGGGUGUCAGAGGAGUUGUCGACAGAACAUCGGUUCGUUGGGAUAACUUUGACCUUUCGAACCCUCUAGCAUACCGCCAUGAGCAUCAGCCUGGUGACUUUGAACUGGACUAUUUCAAGCUGGAAGACCUCUUGGUCACAGUUUACCAGCCUGACGGUUUUCGGCCUUUCUCCGUCUCUAUCUUCUCUUGCGAGCUUCCUCAACUGCGCAAGCAAUGGCUCUUCUAUGACUUCCUAUCGGCGUCCCACAUGUCCGGAUCCUUUGACGGAUCUUUAUUUACCAUUCACCCUCGACAGGUCCACACUGUUACCUCUGAUAAAGAUGAGUUCGGUGACCCAUCAGCCUGGAAGAAAUUCUCCCGGUUACGCAUCGAUGGGUUAAAGAUCGACCACCUUAACCGUGGUGUAGAAGGUCCCUUCGGCUGGAUUUAUGAGGGCAACGUUGACAUCGUAGCUGAUGUCAUGUUCCCCGCCGACCCGGCCGAGGGCAUUGGAAAAGUCGUGGCUGAUUUCUACGACAAAAUGGAAGAAGCGGUUACCAGCAACCGCUAUCUCAAGAUCUUAGAAAACACCUCCGUUCGGUCCCGGAGAUCACACCCCCCCAUACCCAUCGCAGCCGAAGUUUCCAUCACAGCUUCUCCUCCCCCCGAAUCACCCUCCUGCAACCCCGAAGACGACACCAUCCCACCCUCCCAACAACCACCCGCCUCCUACACUUCCACGGUCACCGUCGCUGCCUCCUCCAAAGCAGCCCAUAACUCCUAUCUCGUCAUGGACAUGCGCAUCUCGCUCAACAACGUACGCGCCGCGGUCCCGCUCUUCAACAAUCCGCACAUCAGCUACGUCAACCAGGCUCUGGUGCGGCCCAUCGUGGCCUACAUCAACGCGAAGCGCACCUACAUCCCCAUCACGUGCCGCGUGGUAAAGCGGUUGUCCGACUUUGACGGCUCGUGGACCGUGUGGGACUGCGGGCUGAUGGACGACACGUCGGCCGAAGUGUACGAGGCGUUUGCGCGGAACGUGGUUGACCAGCAGACGCGCGUCCGGCGGUUCAAGCGCGUCGGGCUGUGGACGAUCAGUUUGGUUGUCCAUGCGCUUUUGGCGGGUGUCGCUGGGGAUUUGAUGUGA